AUGGGUGAGUGGGGACCUGACAAUCCAGAUUACAUUUAUCAACAUUGGUACGAUACACUGGAACAGUCUUAUGAUCCUACCAUCGAUCCAGAUGCCGAUGUGGGUGACGUAAGCGAUGAUGAUGGCAUGGAUGGUGAUGGCACGGAUGAUGUAAUGAGUGAUUUGACCCUUUAUGAGAUGGAGCUAAAAAUCAUGGGAUUGCAACUAGAACUGCAUGAAUUGAAAUCUAGGUUAAAAGCCACUUACAUUGCUCUUUGUAACACAUUAGAACAAAAUGGGCUUUUACGCCACACCCGAGCUGUUCAGGUAACAAAGCAACUGGCUACAUUUUGUUUGGUCAUGUCACAAGGUUUGUCUUGCCGAUCCGUGGCUGACAGGUUACAACGAUCAACAUACUUCGUAAGCGUUUAUGUUAGAAAAUCGGCAAGAGCACUUUGUCAAUUGGGGAAAUCAAUUUUACAACCCAAUCCUGUUCCUCUACCACAUCCCAAUGUCGCCAAUAACGCUAUGUACUACCCAUGGUUUGCGGAUUGUAUUGGAACAAUUGAUGGAACACAAAUAGAUGCGCGUGUAUCAAAUAAAAAGCAUAUUCACUACCGAGGUAGGAAGUGCACCACAACUCAAAAUGUCAUGUGCGUUGUGGAUCUGGAUCUUUGCUUCACAUAUGUUUAUGCUAGAUGGGAAGGGAGCACGCAUGACGCACGUAUUUUCACAAUGUGCGUUAGCGAUUCGAUGUUAAAAUUUCCGACUCCAGUAGGAGAUGCCUACUACUUGGUGGACUCGGGUUACGGUUUAUACCGAGGAUUCCUAACACCUUUUAGAAGGGAACGCUACCAUCUUCAAGAGUGGCAAGACGGGGGUUUGCCAAUUAAUCAAAGGGAAGGAUUUAAUCGUAGACACGCGUCGCUGAGGUCAGUUGUGGAACGUGCAUUCGGAGUGUUGAAGAACCGUUUUCCUAUCAUGAGGAAAAUGCCUUCAUACCCAAUCUGGUAUCAGCGAUUGUUUGUAAUCGCUUGUUGUACAAUUCACAACUUUAUUCAAAAGCAUUAUGGAGUGGAAGACAAAUUAUUUAAGGAAGCUCUAAAGGGUUUGAACCCAUGGGUUGAUGUUACCGUGCUCCAGCAAGGGGCAGUAGUCCCAUAUAUAUCAAGUGGGUUACGGCCAAAUCAAUCAAGCGACAGCACGAGAUAUAUGGGAAAAAUUCGAGAUGUACUGGCCCGUCAUAUGUGGGAACAUGGCACUUUCGAAUAG